AUGAAGACUCUCUUGAGCAUUGCCCUUGUGGCGCUCGUGUCCCUCCUUGUCGGAGCUCAAAACGUUCAAACUGCUACCAAUGUCUCGACCGUCGGUAGUGGUCUUUUCAAGGAUGGCUCGACUAUGCUAUCUUUGUCUAUCAUCCCUUCUCCAAUCUUUCCUACCAUUGCCAACUCUUCGGUCAUGAAUGAUACGGGCUCUUGCCUUGGUGAAUUCGAUCUCUCUACUACUACGGUCUUCGUCACCCCUGCUCCCGUUACGAAAACCGCCACGAUGCCUCCUGCCACCCUCACCAUGACCCUCCCUACGAUCUCUCCUGUCGGCCCAGAAUCCACUGCUACUGGUCUGUGCUUUUGGGCUGCUGAACAGAUACUGGCACCAUGCACCGCUCUGGUCUCUGCUACUGUGUCAGCAAAGAAGUCGGAUGCAGGAUCAAGACGUGACAAUUUCCUUGGUGAUCUCUUCAAAUAUUUGAAGGGCUUUGUCUCAAAAGAUCAGACCAAGCUCUCCUCUAAGGGCUCUAUCAAUCGACGUAAGAUAAACAAUUCUUGUACAGCAGCCACAUUGACUGCGAUCGCCGGAGGUAUUAUAACUGUCGGCCUUGUUGUGAUCUGCUUGACAAGUCUGCUACGUGGGACUCCUCGUGGAGUUAUACUUGGUGCUUCAGUGUUCAUUGCUGUAUUCACCUGUAUAUGGGGUCUCGUAGCAGCUCUGGGACUGCCAUGUAUGUGAGAUUAGCAGGUGGUUCCUACAACAUCAGGUUUCCUUGCAAGCAUCAGCAGCGUUCUUAGAUCGGGGCUUUAGCAGGGUUGCUUUCUUUCGUUUCUUACAACACGGCGUGCACGUCAAUAAUUACGUCAAGGUGUUGGGAGUUUCACAUAGUGGCUCUUUUUCUUUCAACAGGCUGCGUGCCUUGGUCGUUAAGGU